CUGGGGAUGCAGCAAUCCCUUGGCUGGUGCCAGGCUGGAGGUGAACCCCCUCCCAGGUUUUGUGACGGGCUCAGAGCUCUUGUUCCAGGAGAGAAGGCUCCCUGUGAGGACUCCCGGGGCCGUGCUUGCUCCUACUUUCUUAUCCCGACUUUGCUUCUGCCAAGGAUGUUCUUCCUGCUGCUUGUCCUGGGAGUGCUGGCAGGUGCCAUGGAGAUCCAGGUCCCAGAUGAGCCCGUGGUGGCUCUUUUUGGCCAGGACGCCACCCUGCGCUGCUCCUUCUCCCCCGAGGCCAACUUCAGCCUGGACGACCUGAGCCUCAUCUGGCAGCUGACAGACACCAAGCGCUUGGUCCACAGGUUCUCCGGUGGCCGGGACCAGCUGGAAGACCAGGGCAGGGUCUACACCAACCGUACAUCCCUCUUCUAUGACCAGCUGCCCCAGGGCAAUGUGUCCCUGCUGCUGCGGCGCGUGGAGAUCGCGGACGAGGGCAGCUUCACCUGCUUCGUGCGCGUCCGCGACUACAACAGCGCCGCGGUGACGCUGCAGGUGGCAGCUCCCUACUCCAAGCCCAGUGUGCACCUGGAGCCCAGCAAGGACUUGAAGCCAGGUGACCUGGCCGUCGUGACGUGCCACGCUUCCCGCGGCUACCCCGAGGCCAGCGUGCUCUGGCAGGACAGCCGGGGCAGCAACAUCACGGAGAACAUCACCACGUCCCAGGUGGCCAACGAGGAAGGUCUCUUUGAUGUGCACAGCGUCCUCCAGGUGCUGGUGGAGCCCAGCAUCACCUACUCCUGCCUGGUGCAGAACCUGGUGCUGCAGCAGCAUGGCCACGCGUCCGUCACCAUCACGGACCCGCUGGGGGAGGCCAUAGUUCUAUGCACCGAUGGCUUGCGUUCCAAAGCCACCCUUGUGCCACCAACUCCCUCCAGGGGACAUGCCCCCGGCACCGCGGGGUCCUGGUGUGGGGCACACGUUCCCUGGUUGGGCAGUGGUGCUCACCCAGGUGUUGUGUGUCCCCUCCCCUGCAAGGCCAGCACCUCGCCUUCCCCGCCGCCGCGCUCUGGGUCACGGUGGGACUCGCCAUCUGCGUCCUGGGGCUGCUCGUCGUCCUGGCCUACGUGUGCCACAAGAAAAUCCGGGAGAGCUGCGAGGAAGAGGAGGAAAACGCAGGGACAGAGGAGCAGGAUGAGGAGGGGGAAGAACCCAAGACAGCUCUGCAGCUACUGAAAAGCGCGGAGAGCAAAGAGGAUAAUGAGCAAGAAAUUGAUUGACAGGGCAGUGCCCUGUGCCCUGGACCAGCUGAGAUGUCCCCAGUGGGGACAAGGUCCGGGUCCCCUGGGAGGACACGGACCUGCUGCCACCCCUCAUCCCGGGUCCCAUCACCUUCCUCCCUCCCUGGCCAUGUCUUUGGGGUGCCCUGGGGCUGCAAAGAGGCUGCAUCUCUUCAUCCCUGGCAAGCUCUGAAGUCUGGUGUGUCCCUCCCAGGGAUGGUGUGUGUGGGAUGGAGGAUCUUCCCUGUCCAUCCCCACGUGGGGCUGAGAACAACCAGCGUCACCCCUUCCCCAGGCACCCCCUGCGCCUCCUCCCUCGUGGCCACAGCUGAGCCAGCCGCCUUCCAGCUGCCUUCCCAGGGCACAUUUCACUGCCCUUCCCAAGCCCAGAGGCCUUGAGAGUGGUGAUGGGCUCAGCAAGGUCCCUGGGAAUGACUGCUGGAGCCCUGGAGGCUCCGGGAAGAUGGGUGGGACCCAGGGGUCCCCAGGCACGGUGCUCUUGGCCCCCCUGGAGGCACCACUCCAGGGGCGUGUGGGGAUAAUUAUUUUUUUCACUUUGCAACACUGUGGUUCCCACUGGACUUAUAUUUUUGCCUUAAAUGCAAAAUCCCAUUGGGGUGGUUAUCUCCUGCUUAGGACUUGGGUUUUUUUGGGAAGGGCAGGCCUUGGGGGGCACCUGCUGGCCAGGUGAGGCCCUGCUGUCCUCUCCGUGGUGACAGAGCUGAUGCUUUGGGUGCUGAAGCACUGGUUGGGCCAAACCUGGCCAGGGUGUGGGGUUGAGCACCCGUUUUUCCCAUGGGAUCAUGGGGUUUUGCCCUUGUGCAUGUCCUGGGGGUCCUCCUGUUGCUGCUGGGGGCGUGGGGGCACCCAAACUGCCGAGGUGAACGAGGUGGCACAUCCCUAGUCCUGCUCCAGGGGUGGAGUAGUCCCUGAUGGCUCUUCUGCUGGUUUUAGUCAUUAUUUAAAGUCCAGAAUCUGAAGGGAUUAUUGUGCCUUGACAAAUAAAUUUGGGGUUGUUUUGGCCAA